CGGCAAACCCUGCUCUCCCUAUUGGACCGCUACAUCAGGUGCUCGAGGAUGAGGAAUCAACUCGCGUGUCAGACGUGGAAUAUGCAGAACUUCUCACAUACAUACCAUUGGUCACGAGUGAGGUGCAAGGGCCAGUAUUGGGUAUUGCCUCCAACCGUUGAGUCCAAAUCCGCAGCAAUAAUGCAACCAGUUCACGACGAUGACACCGCAGAUCUUUCUACUAUGACUGCAUGCUCAAGCGAUAGACUGCUCAAGGCUAUGGAUUUACUUAUACUGAGGGUUACUACUAUCCCACAUCCAUAGUAUAAAGCCUCAAGACUUUGCCUCUCUAUGGCUGGGUUCCUUCAUCUUCUCUAUAUAGUCCAAAUAUCGCGAGAAGACACCCGGAUUAUCUAACUCUUAAAUAUGGUACCCAUGAAGCCAUUGUGCCUACCCUUUCGGGUGUCCUUAGGAAGGAUAACUUUAAGAGCUAAGCUCUCCACCUUAUCCACUGUUGGUUGCUACUCGGUCAUUCCAAAAAAGCCAGUUUCACUGCCGCUGCAGAGGGUAUCAACCUACACCUCGAAGAGCUCAGGAGCCUCCGAAGCAAACAACACUCCGCUUGCAAUUCUGGUAGGGAUCGCCACUACCGUCGCAGUCGGUUCAGUUAUUAUUUCGAGGAAUCGGAAAGAGAAAUCAAGGGAGAUAUUUACCAUAGAAUCCAACACCGGUGUCGAUCUCUUCGCGGAGGCGUCGGCUGAUUACUCCAAACUUCCUAAAGAGACUGCAGUUUUCACGACUGCACCACACGUCCCACCAUCAAUUACGAGGGAUUACCCUGUGCUCCUGCAGGUGCCGUUAACCACAAGCACGAAAACGACUCAGCUAUCCAAUCAGUACAAGUAUGAGCAAUGGACCUUCAACGGCAAUGUCCCUGGCCCAUUUAUACGGGCUCGAGUGGGCGAUGUAGUGGAACUAACACUGACCAACCACGAUGUGACGGGCAACCCGCAUAACAUCGAUUGUCAUGCAUUCACAGGACCAGGAGGAGGUGCAGCACUUACGACUGCCGAGGAGAAGGAGAGCAAGACCGGGCUGUUUAAAUUGUUGCAUCCAGGUCUCUACGUGUAUCAUUGUGCUGCGGCGCCAGUCCCGGUGCACAUUGCCAACGGUAUGUAUGGGCUGAUAUAUGUACAACCAGAGGACGGAGACCUGCCCCCAGUCGACCGCGAGUAUUAUGUGAUGCAGAGUGAGUUCUACCACGAACCUCCCGGAAUGUUGGAGAAUGGCAAACGUUCAUCGACUGUGGAAUUCUCUUACCCUAAUGCACUUGAGGAGAACCCGAGCCUUGUGGUUUUCAAUGGCAGCGAGUCUGCGUUGACUCGAGACCAGCCCUUAAAAGCGAAGAGCGGAGAGACGGUGCGCAUAUUCUUCGGGAAUGCGGGUCCAAACCUGACCAGCGCCUUUCAUGUCAUCGGCACUACAUUCUCGAAGCUAUACCGCGACGGUGACGUGGUGAGUCCGCCUGCUAGCUGGGUUCCCACUACCAGUGUUCCUCCAGGCGGCUCUACCAUAGUGGACCUGAAACUGGUUGUUCCCGGAACAUACACCCUGGUGGAUCAUGCAAUCUUCCGUUUGGACAAAGGCGCCGUUGGCUAUCUGAACGUUUCGGGGAAGCAACGGCCGGAUGUUUACCAGAGUACUCUACCGCCUGCUCCAUGUGUUGGGUGCAAGCUACACCCUUGAAUCUCUUUCCCUCAAGUCCGUGUGUGCAUGUACCUUUGUCGACUAUAGUUCUAUGCAGUUACUGAAUAUGAGGACUCGCCUUUUCUAUCUACUACAUACAUGUAUGCGGCUUCCUUAGUAUUUACAAUAGUUGCAGGCUCCCCCUGUCCUCCAAGCAAGCAAUUCGCCAUAUUGCUAUCGACCAACGGAAAGGACCCUCGAAACCAAGGUACAUAACCAAUGGAUAUCCUGGGUACCGAUAGCGCCCCUGUACAGCCAUAACUACUCUAACAUCUCGCAUCGCCUUUGCUUUCUCAUGCGAGUGACUGUGUUCCUUUGGUGCGUCUUCCUGGCCACAUCGAUGUGGGCUUCCCGAUAACUAGUUGACUGUGUCCAUGUCUUAUUGUUUAGCCAGUUCAUGGUUACGGGAGAAACCGCAGCAUCACUCGUUCUGACUCUUCUCCCGGUCAUCGCCGGAGCCUCAAAGUAUCGUGUCUUUUCUUCAGCCGUGGCUUCGAGUGACUCACCGGGUGCAUCGUCUCCGUCGCCGUGAUGGCGUAUUGCAUGGGCUUCAGCUGAACUCCUGUCAUGCCCAGCCACGGACUAGCUGAAUCACAUCAAUGUACGACAGCUUUUGUCCUGUGUUUGACCCCUGCGGAGAACUAAUCGGGACAGCCCGCGGGUGGACCAGU